AUGACAUUGCCAGUGACCAGUGGGCCGGUCACGCACACGCUUGCACGGGAGGGGGAGCAGGUCUUGCAGGGGCCAGGAGACCCGGAGAUCCUGGCUUCUGAGACAGAGGUCCAAAGACUCGGACCUCUGAAGCCAGUGUCCCCUGGUCCCUUGGCUAUAGAGUUGGUUCCAGUAAUCCCAGGGUUGGAGACCCAGACCUUCCAGACGCCCCCAGCCCACAAACCAGCACGUGGACCCAGGCCCCCGACACCCAAGCAGCCGGAGAGAACCAGGGCUCGAGAGACACCUCCCACCAUCACCCUGCCCCAGACACCCCAGCCCCCAAAGACCUGGGAGGGGGCCCGGGCUGGGGGGUGCUACUGGCUGAAGGUGGAGGGGCCGGGGACGGUGCAGGAGGGCCUGUGCCUGCAGGUGCGCUGCUCCUUCCACUGCGACCCGGACUACCCUUCUGCCCCAGCUCUCGGCUCCUGGUUCCGGGAAGGGGUCAGUGUAGAGCGAGGUGUUCCCGUGGCCACGAGCAGACCGGACGGUGACGUGGAGGUGGAGACCCAGGGCCGAUUCCACCUCCUCGGGGACCCCAAGGCCUACAGCUGCUCCCUGGACAUCAGAGACGCCAGGAGGGGGGACGCGGGGAAAUACUUCUUCAGGGUGGAGCGAGGACGUGCUACAAAACACUCCUUCACACGGGACAGCCUCUCUGUGCGCGUGGCGGCGCUGACCCACAGGCCCCACAUCCGCAUCGCCGGGACCCUGGAGUCCGGCCGCCCCGGGAACCUGACCUGCUCUGUGCCCUGGGCCUGUGAGCGGGGCACGCCCCCCAUCUUCUCCUGGACGUCAGCCGCCCUCGCCUCCCUGGGCCCCAGGACCCUCCUCUCCUCGGCGCUCAGCCUCACCCCCCGGCCCCAGGACCAUGGCACCCCCCUCACCUGCCAGGUGACCUUCCCCGGAGCGGGCGUCACUGUGGAGACGACCGUGCGGCUCAACGUGACCUACGCCCCCCAGAACUUGACCAUCACCGUCGUGCGAGGAGACAGCACAGCGCCCGCCGUCCUCAGGAACAGCUCGGUGCUCUCUGUCCGGGAGGGCGAGUCCCUGCGCCUGGUGUGUGCGGCCGACGGCAACCCGCCCCCCGGGGUGACCUGGUCCUGGGGCCACCCGACCCUGAGCCCCUCGUCGGCCCCGAGCCCGGAGGUCCUGGCGUUUCCCCGGGUGCAGGCCUCGCACGAGGGCAAAUUCACCUGCCGAGUGCAGCACCCCGCAGGCUCCCUGCAGGCAUCCCUGUACCUGUCCGUGCACAGUGAGUGUCGGGGCUGGAGGAGGAGGCCCGCGAGGCCGGGCGAGCUCCAGGGCGAGCUCCAGGGGGAAGUGUCCUGUCUGCCGGGAGUGGCGCUGGGGGCCGUCGGGGGAGCUGGCGCUGUGUCCCUGCUCUUCCUGUCCUUCUGCAUCGUCUGGGUCCUAAUGAGGUCGUGCAGGAAGAAAGCCGCCCGGCCAGCGGAGGGUGCCCAGGACGCAGGCUUGGAGGGUGCAAAUGCUGUUGCCAGUCUAGUCUCUCAGGGUGUCCCGAUGAGGUCCAGGCUGGACGCCCUUGCUGAAAAUCCUCCCCCGGUGGCCGCCCCCUCCUCAAGGCAGGAACUUGAGGUUCACUACGAGACCAUCAGCUUCUCUGGAGUGAAGCCUCGGGACCCCCAGGUCCAGAAGACCAGCGACUGUGAGUACUCAGAGAUCAGAGUGCGCAAGUGAAGCUGCAGAGACCCGGCCCAGCCCAGAGGGACCCCAUCCCUGUGGGGCAGAGAAGCCCAAGCGCCGUCAGGUUCUUGUGGAGCCCCCAGUGCCCGGAUGCUGAGCUGCGAGGACG